AACCGAAGAAAAGAAUCUUCAUUUUUCCUCUCUAAUAAAAAGUUUCGUCUCAGCUGUCGUCAAACGCAUUCUUCUACACUGAAUCCUCGCGAAUCUCCCUUCAUCUCCAAAUUCGAUCAGCCAUGUCCGCCGAAUCGGCCUCCGGAAUUCAGAAGAACCAAGUUGACCUAGUGGACUUCAUAGACUGGUCCGGUGUCGAAUGCCUCAAUCAGAGCACCGUUCACUCGUUUCCUAACGCUCUCAAACAGGGUUACAGAGAGGAUGAUGGUUUGGUGCUGGAGAGUCAUGCAGAUGAGCAGCUUCUGAUCUACAUUCCUUUUAUUCAAGUUGUUAAAUUGCACUCUAUUGUAGUCACUGGACCUGAAGAGGAAGGUCCUAAGACGGUGAAACUUUUCGCAAAUAGAGAGCACAUGGGCUUUAGCAAUGUUAAUGACUUUCCUCCUAGUGACACAAUUAUCUUAUCAGAAGAUAAUAUCAAGGGAAAACCAUCGAUCUUAAAGUACGUCAAGUUUCAAAAUGUUCGCAGCUUAACAAUCUUCAUUGAAGACAAUCAGUCUGGUUCUGAAAUCACGAAAGCACAAAAGAUUGCCUUGCAUGGGACAACGAUGGAAACGACAGAUAUGAAGGGCCUUAAGAAGAUUGAGGAUCAUUGACUAGAUAUACGAAUAAGGAGGCAUGAACAAAUUGUAUCCAUUCCGAACAAUUGUUUACUUGGUGCGCAUUGUCUCCAGUUCGCUUCACUUCCGUGUCUCGCACACUUGAGAAUAUUUGUGAUCGAAAAUCAGUUACUAGGAUGAGCCGUUGUCCUCUCUUUCGUUGCUGCCAUAGAAUCUGAUAACUGAUCCUUUGGUUUAUUUGGUAGUUGAGAAAAAGAACUGUUGGACUUCCGCUAAGUUCCAGUUCGCCUGAGGUAUUGAGAUGUAAGUGGCCAAGUGUUUUGCAUUUGAAAAGGAGAAGCCUGUAGUUUUGCAUGUGGACAUGAUUCAACUUGAUCUAAGGCAGGUUUGCAUGGUUGAGUUGUCUCCUGCUAUUAACUUC